UUGGUGGUGGCCAACGCCAACGUCCUCUGCGCCCUCUGCUUCGGUCGCCGCUACAGCCACACCGACGGCGAGUUCACGGCGCUGCUGAGCCGUAAUGACCGCUUCGGGCAGACGGUGGGGGCGGGCAGCGUGGUGGACGUGCUGCCCUGGCUCCUGCGCUUCCCCAACCCCGUACGCCGCGUCUUCCGCGACUUCCAAGCCCUCAACCGGGAGCUGCACAGCUUCGUGUGCGCCAAGGUGGCACAGCAUCGCCAGACCUUCGACCCGCACGCCCGCCGCGACAUCAGCGACAUCAUGAUUGCUGCUGUGGAGCGUGGCGACAGGCCCCCCGAGGGGCUGGGACCUGAGGACGUGGAGGGCGCCAUGACCGACAUCUUUGGCGCGGGGCAGGACACCACCUCCACCGCGCUCUCCUGGGUCCUCCUGAUGCUGCUGAAGCACCCGCAGCUCCAGCGGGACCUCCAGGACAAGCUGGACCAGGUGGUGGGACGUUCCCGGUUGCCCACGGCCGAGGACCGGCCCCACCUGCCCCUCCUGGAGGCCUUCAUCUACGAGACGCUGCGCUACAGCAGCUUCGUGCCCAUCACCAUCCCGCACGCUACCACGGAUGACGUGGAGCUCGAGGGCUUCCACAUCCCCAAGGACACUGUGGUCUUCAUCAACCAGUGGUCGGUCAACCAUGACCCUGGCAAGUGGCCCGACCCGCAACGCUUCGACCCCACACGCUUCUUGGAUGCGCAGCAGCGCCUGGACCGCGACCGGGCUGGCAGUGUCAUGAUCUUCUCAGCUGGCCAGAGGCGCUGCAUCGGCGACCAGCUUUCCAAGCUCCAGCUCUUCCUCUUUGCCGCCAUCCUCCUCCACCAGUGCUCCUUCCACGCCAACCCGAGGGAGCACCUCACCAUGGACUGUGUCCACGGGCUGGCGCUGAAGCCGCGGCCCUUCACCGUCACAGUGCAUCAGAGGCACCCGGCGCUCAUCCAGCCCUGA